AGAGAUUGAGUGGAGUCAUCCAUCCAUCCAUCCAGACUGGGGUAUAGUGAAAGCUGUACCAGCGUCUUGCGAAGGAAUAAAAAAACGACGCCGCUGAAUCUUCAAUAAACGGAGGCCCAGUACGAUUUUGUGUUUAUGUGGAAACAAUAUAAUAAGUCUUGACUUUUUAUAUUGGGCCGCAUCUUCUGCUAACGAACGCAUUGAAAAGAGGGAGGGAGAGGCCCUUGAGAAAGGGAGGAUGUGAAACUCGCAUUUUGGGCUCGCAUUUCGAGGCGAGAUGCAAUCAUUUACAAGGUUUUCACUGAAGCCCUAUUCUUCUACCGUGACAUCACGCGCCUCGGGGCGAGGGCCCUGAAAUAUCAUCAACAAGAAGCUCUUCCGGUGGCGUGAGCAUGCCGCAGGGGUGGGAGGGGAGGUAAAUUUGAGGAGCAGUGAUCACGGGGAUGGCAGUCGUGGAAGGAAGCAAGGAGAGCAACUGUAGUAUAUUACCCGGAGAGCUUGAUGGAGAUGACGGUAUCAGCCGACUGCAAUCCACCGACCAGAACCGCCAUGCCGUCCCAGACUGGGAUCGGUGCGGUAUAGAAUGAAAGUUGGGCUGCGAUUGGAAGGCCUGGCCUGCCACCUCCCAAUAAGCGCCGGGCGCGUUUACCAUGUAAACGAAGGCACAUGUACGAGCAUAAGUGUUCGUGGUGCAGGAGGGCGGGAUGCGUGAACGCUCUCUCGCUCUUUGUCCUUCUGUCAUAUGCGAGCAUGCAUUUCUAUGAUCCAUCCAUGUGUCCAGGACGAUUUUGGCCGCGAGUGGCAGAAAUCCGUCAGGAGCCGCAGCGCAGGGAAAGCCAGGCCCGGGCCUAGCCUGCGAUCGGGUGGGCUGAGCAUUUAUCAAGCACACUUGCUACUAUGCGUACACCACUCGAACAAUGAUCUCCCCCAUGUGCUCGCGCGUAAAGGAUAUGGUGUGCACGCACUAUUCCUGCAAGAUCUCGAGCUCGCGAACUCCGUUUACUCCACGCUGCGACAGCCGAAAAAUCUGCCGGCCAAUUAGUCGACGCCGUCCGCGAGUUUGGCUCCCCGCCCCCCCCCCCCCAUCUCCCCCCACCGCGAGCUUGCCGCUCGCUCUCGCGAGGCCCCUGGCGCAUACGGAUUGCGCGACAUGAAUGCCCGUCGCCUCGUUCUUUGACUUUCAUAAAUUCCAGCCCAGUGCUGCGAAAGUUCGUGUCGGGAACUGUUGCCGGUGUGGAUUAGAUCCCUCCCUCCAUCUCCCUCUCCCUCUCCCUCUCCAUAUGCUGCGAGUAAGUCCUUUCCCGCAACGACGACAUGCACAGACACAGACGGGGCCCAGGCCAGGGACGGCUCUUCCUUCCCUCCUUCCCUCCUUCCCUCCUUCCCUGCCUGCCCCCCCUCGGACUCCCCCCACCCGCCUGACAGCCCCAAGAUUCAAGCAGUAGGGUUUAGGGGGGUGGGGCUGAGGGGGGGGUGGUGUGUGGCGGUAGGGGGCGGGGGGAGCGCGGGGGGGCUGCACUAAAUGGCCCCGCAACUUUGUCGAGCCCAUUCAAAUGCCCCGAAUAUUCUCCCCGAACCUGCGUAACGCUUGCGGCCAUUGGCCAGAUGUCGAGCCAGCCACCGAUUAAGACAGACAGACGGACGGACGGGCGGGCGGGCGGGCGGACGGCGCUGGCCCUAUGCCCGGAUCUCCCACAGUGGUAACCGACUACUGUACCGCCCCCUCGAACCGCGUCCAUGUCGCCACCAGCGGAAUGCUAAGCUCCAGAAAUCCGUCACAAACUCCGUCCCCGCGGAGAGUUCCGAAAGGCAGCAGCGAAGCCGAAGCUCAUGUUAAUUAUCAUUGCCCGGACAUAUCCGUGCGGCCGGCAGUUCGGCAGCGCGUCCCUUCCCUUUCCACUAGGUUACGUCCCAGGCCAGACGGGGCCAGACGGGCGGAUGGACGGCACGCCACUCCGUUCCGCUUUCGCCGAUCCUCCGUCAAUCGAUCUCCGGCGGUACAGCACGGGCGUCGUAGGACCGGAGACGGAGACGGAGCGCGGUCGCAAUUCAAACGACGGACGGGACGGGGUUGGUGCCUGGCUGGCAGCGGACGAAAGCGGUCGAGCGUGAGCUGGAUUUCGCUGAUUGCUAUGAAAAGAAAUGUAUCGUACGCGGGGGGCAGUAAACCCCAAUACGAAUAUAGUAAUUUAUAAGCCCCCGCACGUCGCACUGUGCCCUUACAUAGUGGGCGUCUGUCAGGCCGGCCCUCCAGCAGCAGGACGAGGACGAGGACGCGUACGCGGACGCGUCGCAGCCUUCCUUGUGGGAACUUCGAUGCCAUUCGUUCCCUCUCCCUCCGGCCCUCCCUCCCUCUCCGUCCUUCCUUGCGACUCUCUUCUCUCUCUACUCUACUCCUAAGUCCGCCUGCGAUUAUUGCCCUUCGCUUCCGCCUAGAAGAAUAUAAUAAAUAUACGACUACCAUAUAAUUCACCACAUUUGUAUGCUUC